AUGUCCUCUGCGAUGGGCCCACCGGCUAAACCGCCGCCCAAACUGACUCCUAAAGACCUUGAACACCACAAUGAAUAUUAUGAUAGAAUUGGGCGCUACAAAACCACGGAAGAAAUCGAAAGUGAAGGAAAAUCCAUCCAGUCUUACUGGGUUGAGAUCAACGAAGGGAGGCCUUAUGAAUGGAAGCGCCCUCCAAGCAAAGUCCAAUCACGCUUCACUGUUCUUAAAGAAGAGGGAAAAGAAAGGAAGUUUCCGGAAUACGACGAUUACUGGCACACAAAGCUGUUGGAUGACCUCAACCAGGCUGGUGGUGUCAUCAGAAACAUCGUAGCAAUGGAUCUUGGUAGUCUUUGCUACAGCGAAGACCACCAAUUUGAGAUCGCCGCGCGGGCACAUCUGUUCGCUUUCAACAUUCUCAAGGUAUUGUCCGACGCGGCGAACAAAUCCAAGGAGUCCGGAAAAGGCGAUCCACUAAGGGGGGCUGUUUUCGUCUGCGAGGAUGUCCGCUACGGCAAAUAUGAUCUCAACUUUCUCCACACGGACUACCUGAGCGAUGGACGGGAGGGAUGGCUCAGUGACAGGCGCAUCAGACCCUACACCAGCAACGAGGGUAUGGGUUGGUGGGGCACUGACGGAGGCAACGGCGACUACAUCUUCAUCACCCUCAACCCGAUGAAUCCUAUUCGCCAAUAUCUUGCCAGGUUACUCUCUAAAACCGAGAAUCUGACUGACAGUGAAAGAGCUGCAGAGAAAGGGAUACUUAUGGGGAAGCUUAUCAAGCCUCGCGCAAUCAUUUGUCGAGAUGCAAAUAAGUCAGGCGAAUACCAAGAUCCGACCGAUCCCCAUGUCAAGGACUGGUUCAAAAAGUACUACGACCAAGUACAUAAGUUUGAGGACGAGAAGAUAUUUGGGGGAGACAUCUGGCUCUACACCUUGAAGCCUAAUGUUUAG